AUGAAGGAGGCUGUGCAGCGUCCAGGUGAGGUUUAUUAUGGAAUGGGACCUCCAGCUUUAAAACCCAACCACAGUGAUCCGGCAAGCAGCUCGGGUGUCUAUAACCCAGAGAAAGGGCCCCAAGGUGUGCCCCACUAUCAACAUGGUGCCCCAGUAAAAUGGAUGCAGGACCCAAUACAGGCGUCCAACUGGUCCCAGGACGCUCCGGUGGGGGCCUGGGGGCAGAACUUCGGCCCGUACGUAGGCGGGGUGAAUGUCAGAGGUCAGAUGGCCUUCCACAAAGGGGUUCACGAGGCCGCACCCAUGCCGAUGGGAGGCGAGAGCCAGCUUCCGGCGUCUGUGGACGUUUACAGGGAUGCCACCCAGGCUCAGGCUCAGGCUCAGGGGAGGGGACUGGAGUGGGAGCAGCACGCUGCUAUGCAACAGGCCAAACUGCAAGCCUAUCAGCACAGCCACGCGGGCGCGGAGCUCCAGGGACAGUCGCACGUGUCCUCCCACGGCAUGCAGGGCCCCAUUCUGCAGCCCUUCCAGGCCUCCUUCAGACCCAACAAACAGCAGUUCUCGUCCGGAUACUACUCCGUCUUCCCGGGAAACAAGCCGAUGCCGAACCUGGCCUACGGCGAGCAGCCCAAAACCCAGCAGCAGCAGCUUCUCCACCAGAUGAAGCAGCAGCAAAUGCACCAUCACCACCACCAGCAGCAGCAACAACAACAACAGCAGCAGCAGCAGCUGCAUCAGCAGCAGCAUCAGCAGCACCACCUGCAGCUGCAGCAUCAGCAGCAGCAUUUACAGCAGCAGCAGCACCUCCAGCAGCAGCAGCUGCAGCAGCAGCAGCUGCAGCACAUGCAGUACCACCAGCAGCAGCAGCAGCUGCAGGAGCGGCAGCAGCAGCAAAUGCAGCAAAUGCAGCAGCAGCAGAACGUGCCGCAGCCCGACGCGCCGCCGAAACAGCCGCCGGGCCAAAGCUUCGGGGCCUACCAGCCCCCCGAGCCCCGGCCCCCCGACGCGGGGGCCAAGGGCGACGCCGUCCGGUCGGAGCCGGAGCUUCGACCCGGCGACGCGGCAGCCGAAUCCCAACCGCGCCCCGACAAGGCCGACGCGAAGCCCGCAGAGUCCGGAGAGCAGGCGGCGGCGGCGCCCCGGCGCUCACGCCGUCUGUCCAGAGAGGGCCAGUCCCCCCUGGGUCCCCCCUCCACAAGCAUAUGGGCUCAGGCCUCCAAAGAGUCGUCCCAGAACGGAGUGGCCGGUGUGCCGGCCGCCAGAGGAGGGGAGGGCCAAGCGGCAGGUGGGGGGGUCAUCCAGAUGUCCCGCAGGAGGAGGAGAGCGUCCAAGGAGAUCAACCUGGAGACUCUCGCCCAGAAGGCCUCGGAAAUGGAGUCACUGCCCGCUAAAGCGAUCAAGGAGGAUGGCCCCCCCGGCAAACAAGCCGCCAUCGUGCCCCUGGUCAUCCCCGUCUCCGUGCCGGUGCACAGGAGCCCGGGGGAUCUGCAGGGCCGCUGGGACCCAGGGCGCCCCGUUCAGGGUGAGCGACCUGCCGGAGAGCAGGACCACAAACCCUCCGUCAUCGUGGCUCGCCGGCGGUCGCUCCGAAAUUCCCUGUCUGACAGUAUAGAUCAGGAUGGAGAAAACGAUCCCGGACUGGAUGAGGAGGGGAAAGCUAAAGCCAAGCGCCGGCCUCGUCCCGAGCCCCUCAUCAUCCCUCCUCCCAAACCCUCCACCUUCAUACCCCCGUCUGUCUACUCCAGCAUCACCGCCUACCAGAGUAACCUGCGCUCCCCCGUCCGCCUGCCGGACAAUCCCCACGCCCUGCCGCCCUACACCCCCCCGCCCAUCCUGUCUCCGGUCAGAACGGGCACGGGGCUCUACUUCUCCACCUUCCUCACCAAUAUAGCCGUGAGCAACCAAAUCCUGCCCCCUCCGGUCACACCCAAGUCUGCCACACGCAGCCUUCUGCGCUCCUCAAGUUCAGAAAUUACCCCUCCGGUCUUGCCUUUGAUCACUGACGCCACACCUGUGAGCCUCGAACCGCGCAUCAACAUCGGCCUGCAUUACCAGGCAGAAAUUCCCGACUUGCAGGAUCGGCUUUCCUCCCAGUUUGACGUAGACAAAGCCGACCUGGUUUGGCUUCCGAUGGGCGACUCCAGCGUGAAACACCUGGAAGAUUUGAUGAAAGUGGCUUGUUCAAGCGUUUUCCCUGGAGGAGGAACCAAUCAGGAGCUGAUUUUGCACUAUUUACAUGAAUGCAACGGGGAUUUCCUUGAAAUGCUGGAGCGUUUGAUGCUUCAGGGCCAUUUCUUCCCCAAAGGCCAUCCCCUGGCAGGUUAUCACUACUCAGGCUCAGACAACUGGACUGCAGAUGAAAAAUGUUACUUUAAUAAGGGGAUCUCUGCGUACAGGAAGGAUUUCUUCAUGGUUCAGAAACUGGUGCAAACUAAGACGGUGGCUCAGUGCGUGGAGUUCUACUAUACAUACAAGAAGCAAGUGAAGAUCGGUCGAAACGGCAUUUUAUCCUUCGGCCCUCCAGAUUCACCCGCAGAAAAACACACAGAGGCUGUGGUGGAUGUUAAGAGUUCCCAUCUGCCCAAAGGAGAGGCAGUGGACGAAGACAGAAAAGAAGCCGCUUAUGAUGAGAGCAGCCAGCAAGCCAGAGUUGCUCGGUCGCUUCAGGUCCAUGACUAUGCAGGGACGGAGCCGGCCCCGGACGCUGUGAACAGGGAGGCGUAUCACUCGUCAGUACCUCAAAGGCAUCGGGCUGAACCUGCAGCCAAGCGGGGCAGAGCACCAGCCAAGCCGCCUCAGGAUCCCAACGAAGUGUUUCCUUGCAAGAAAUGCAGCCGGGUGUUUAACAAAGUGAAGAGCCGAAGUGCGCACAUGAAGAGCCACGCCGAGCAGGAGAAGAAGGCGGCGGCGCUGCGCCAGAAAGAGCUGGAGGAGCAAGCCGCAGUGCAGGCCCGAGCCCGAAAGGCAGCCGCGGCGGCGGCCGUGGCGGCGGCGGCGGCCAUUCAGGGAGGAAACGGGACAGGAGAGGCACAGCAGGCGGACCUCAGCGGCCAGGAAGACUCGUCCGAAGGAGAGGACGAUGACGAUGAAGACUGGCACUGAGCAGCAGCUCAACCCCGACAAAAACUGAUGAGAAGGGCUGGAGAGACCAUGAACAAAACAAGGAUAAAGGGGUUGAAAGUGGUGUACUGCCCUUUGUAGGGAAAAACGAGCACAAGAAUUUCAAGUCUUCCUAUUAAUCUUCAUUCUGCUUUCUUGACCAAAAGUGUCUCCGUCUGAUCAUUUAGCUCUGUGCCAUUAACCAGGCAGUCACACUCCACAUUUUCACAAAUAUAGCAUUUAAGUAUUCAGAUUUUUUUUUUUUUUUAAAGAAAUGCACUUAUACAUUAUCUUUCUGCUUUUGCCAAUAUUGCCUUUUUAAACCCUUUAUUUAAUUGAGGAAAAAUGCCAAAUCAUUACACACAUUCACUACGAAGACUCGGCGGUUUAGUGAAACUUUGUGAGAUUUCUGUUUAGUAACGAGAAAAUGACAAAAAAAGGAAUUCAAAACCUUUUAACUAAAAUUGAAGCGCUUGAUUUUUCAGAUAUCCAGAUUUUCAGGUUGGUUGUAUACUUUAUUUUUACAGUUUUUACAAGGGACUUUUUGAAAUGAAUGUGUACAAAAAAAAAGUAUAUAUGAGAUUGACAUAUAUUUAUGAUACAGCAUUUGCAAUGAUUUUGGUAAUAUAAAGAAUAACCAUGUUGGCUACAAUAUGACUGGGGAGUUAAAAAAAUAUAUUAAAGUUUCUAUUGUCCUGA